GCUGUUGCUAGGCAACAGGACUCCUAACAGAGAGUCGUUUAAUCGACAGGUCGUUGAAAACUUAUUUAGCUACAACCUUUCGCUUUUGCUAAAACUUGGUCACGAAUACCAAAAAUCUGGGUUGACUUCUAAAUUCAGGAUGAAUUUAAUCGAAGGAGACAUCUCAUACCAGCUAAAAUAUAGCGAUAAAAACCAAAACCAAUCUAGGCAGGCUGGAAAACAAAAACCAAUAGGAGACAGAGCAAAGAGCUGUCUUCAAGACAUUUCAUAUGCCCCAACCCUGCCAGUUUUGUGGAAAUUCCGCAGCGGUACCCGACUAGAACCAGGAGCCAUCAGAGUUCCCCGAGGGAAGGCAAAUGAUCCAGACGUUGCCAGCACACUGAUUCAUGGCACCAGCACCAAAUCAUCCCUCUCUCAGGGAGAUGGCUUGAUAAAUCUUCCCCAAAAGACGAUCUUCCAACAGAAGUUACAAGAACUCAGUGAGUCUGUUUAUGCUUCAAGUAGGAAAGCUCCGCUUGGCCGAGGGCCUGUCCGAGGUGCUGAACUUCCAGCCUGGUACAACGACAAAACUACAUUUGGUGUGAAAACAGUCAAAGGACCUGGUGUGCGUGAGAUCAUCAACCCUCCAAAAGCAACAGAGGAAUUGGAAGAGGAAGCUCAGGAGGGACAUGAAGCUUACGUUCGCAGUCACAAUUCUUAUUUUGUUGGUGAGAAAAUUGACAGAAAGUAUAACUGUAGUAACUUCAACAAAAACAGCACCUUUGGGAUUCCCACACCACACUUCAGUGAUGGACGUAAUGUUGACAAAACUCUUCAUUGGUUAGGGGAGUCACACAAGUUUUACAGUCCAAAUGCUCAUUGGAAUAGAUCUGGGAACAAAGAAAAGCUGGCAUUACAAAUUGGCAGAACCAGCAACAUUCUUUCUAAAAGGAGACAUACGUUGCCUGUUCCACCUGAACACACAUUUGGAGUUAUCUUACCACCAGAUCACUAUGGAGCUGGAGAGAUUAUCCACUUCACUGAGCCGGGGAAGUUUGCACGAGGUCCAGACUGGCAGCGAAGCCUGGUUAGUGCAAUGAAAAACCUCCUCAAGAAGGUCAACUUUCACAACUUCCCAUCUCUGUUGAAAGCUUUCAGACAUUACGACAAGAAGGGAAGGGGCCUUAUCGACAAAGAAGACCUGCGGGCAGUUUGUCAUGAGCUCAACCUGAAGCUGUCUGACAAAGUCCUGGAUGAGCUGAUGGAGGACUGUGACACAGACAAAGAUGGAUUCAUCAACUUUGUGGAAUUUGCUAAUUUUCUAAACUGGAAGGACAAGAUGCCCAUCAAUGGUCACCGUUGGAAUGAAGCAGCACAAAUGGAUGCAUUUAUGCAAGGACUGAACGCAGAAAUCAAGGAUGAGUUAGCAACCCGUUACUACCCCUCCUCCCUGAAACAACUCGAGGACCUUGCUGCUCGCAUUGAUAUUCGGUUAGCACAGAGGAGGGAGAAGCGACAUGAGGUCAAGGCCUUCGUGGAGCCCCGACUCGGGCCCACAUCCAGGCCCCCUGCACCUACCCGGGUCAUUGAUGGAGGCCCAGUGUUCACGGUCCGGCGCAUUCUCAGGUCCAGGCAAAGAGGACGUGGAUUGCAAUACCUGGUUGACUGGGAGGGCUAUGGGCCCGAGGAGAGGACUUGGAUCCCUACGAGGUUCAUCCUUGAUAAAGACCUUAUCCCAGAUGAGAGGCACCAGAAAAGGUUUGUGGUAUUUCUUUUGGUUUACCAGAAGGGAAGGGGCCUUAUCGACAAAGAAGACCUGCGGGCAGUUUGUCAUGAGCUCAACCUGAAGCUGUCUGACAAAGUCCUGGAUGAGCUGAUGGAGGACUGUGACACAGACAAAGAUGGAUUCAUCAACUUUGUGGAAUUUGCUAAUUUUCUAAACUGGAAGGACAAGAUGCCCAUCAAUGAGUGUCAGUCCAGCUCAGCUCCAGUCAGUGCGGACAGAAAACCAUCAUCAGAAUUACCAGAACCUCCUUCCUCCCAGGCCUUGAUCCGGCCUGAGGACCUGGAGCCCAUUGAACCAGGCAGCUCAUGGAAAACUGUCAAGACCAUCAGGAGACCCAGGGCAGCUUCAGAGCACUUCUCCACCUCCGCCUCAGACAUUGGAUCUAACAGCGAUGUGCUGCUGACAUCAAAUGCUCGCACCUACGGGAUCCCAUCCAAGCGCUCUGACCUUCCAGCUCCACGUAUCAAACGAGUUAGCGACAGAACCAACUACGGUGAUUUAUCCACAGCUGCAGAUCUCCUCCAUCCAUCUGUCCAUGCUCUCCGUGGUGUUCACGAGGAGCACUUUUUCUGUCCUCGCACCAAGAAGGAGAUAGAAGAGAUAUUCAGGAAUAUUGGUGUGAAUAUUUCUGAGGACACGUUUGAGGAGGCCUGGAAGCUGGCGUCUAUGAAGCAACCGAACGGAGAAGUUUGUGUCGAAGUCUUCCGUAACACACUCAAGGAAAUAAAAGUGUUGUAACAUUUAA